GCUUAGGGGAGGGGACCAGAGAAGGGCCGAGCAAACCGGGAGGAGAGAGGAGGGGAGACCCGCCACCUCCCUUCAUUGCUCACAGACUUGUUCCCUCCCGGUCUGCGGCUGCUGUAGCAGCACUGGCGGCGAGACCCAGGAGCAGUCCCGAGGCUGGCAGCGGAUGAGACUGGGAUGAACUGAGGCCGCUGGAUUUGCCACUGUCACUACUGUUUCCUCUUCCCCACGGGCCCUUUCCCGGCUCCCGUCUCUAAGAUGGCAGCCAGCAGCUCUGAGGUCUCUGAGAUGAAGGGGGUGGAAGACAGUUCUGCCGCCCAGAGAGAAGCACCUGGCCAUUCUGAACCUGGACUAGAUCCUGCCCAGGUUGUUGCAGAGGUCCCAGACCAGCCCGAGGCCCUCCAGCCAGGCCCAGGCGUCACUGCAUCACCUGUGGACUCAGGGCCAAAGGCUGAGCUGCCUCCAGAAACCACAGAGACCCCAGAAACAGUCCUGGCCACAGACCUCAGCUUAGACCCCGGAGAAUCCAAAGCCACCCCCAGCCCCAAAGAGGCAUGCCGAGAACCAGAAAGCAAACCAGAUGGGAGCUGCAAAGGGGCUGCAGCAGUGCAGGGGUCUGAGCAGCAGUCUGCAGCCCCUCCUGAGCCAACCUCAGAGCCUGCUUCCCAGCUAAAUACCCAGUUAGACCCUCAGCCAACUUCCCAGCCUGUUCCUGAACUACCCUGUCACCCCGAGCCCCGAGCCCAAGAGGACCCCACCACUGAGGUUUUGACAGAAAGCAUAGGGGGAAAACAAGAAAACGGAGCAGUGGUUCCCCUCCAGGCUGGUGAUGGGGAAGAGGGCCCAGCCCCUCAGCCUCACUCUCCACCCCCAGCCAAUGGGGCGCCCCCUCGUGUGCUGCAGAAGCUGGUUCAGGAGGACAGACUAGGAAGGGCUCAUAGCGGGCAUCCAGGAUCUCCUCGAGGUAGCCUAAGCCGCCAUCCCAGCUCCCAGCUAGCAGGGCCUGGGGUGGAAGGGGGUGAUGGCACCCAGAAACCUCGGGACUACAUCAUCCUUGCCAUCCUGUCCUGCUUCUGCCCCAUGUGGCCUGUCAACAUUGUGGCCUUCGCUUAUGCUGUUAUGUCCCGGAACAGCCUGCAACAGGGGGACGUGGAUGGGGCUCAACGUCUGGGCCGAGUAGCCAAGCUCUUAAGCAUCGUGGCGCUGGUAGGGGGGGUCCUCAUCAUCAUCGCCUCCUGUGUCAUCAACCUAGGCGUGUAUAAGUGAGGGGCUCUGCCCUGCAUUCCAAGACCUUUCUUGCUGUUGGGAGCUGUCUUGGGGGGUCUAUCCCUAUGCUGGGGAAGCCCAGUCCAGUGGCCCUGGCCCCCAUCCCAAGGGACCAAGGG